AUGAGUUUUUUUGAUGAAGAUAGUCUCUCAGAGCCAAGUCUAUUCGCUGAUAAUGAGUCUGGCGAUGAAUAUUUUCCAACACAUUUCGAUCAAUCAAGUACAGAAGAUGAGAGGGGAUUUGAUAACAAUGGAGCAGAACCAAUUGACAAUGCAGCGGAAGAAGAUAAGCCUAAACGAUGUCAGAAACGGCAAAUUAAUAAAAACAAAAAAGAACAGAGAAAAAGACAAAGAAACUAUGAGCAAUCGUACACAACAAGAACAGGAAAAGUGGUUGCACAAAAAGUAUUCAGUAAUCCUGAUUGCAAUUGUCAAAAUAGGUGUUUUCAUAAUAUCCCAGAGCAAUCCCGAAAAAAUGUAUUUGAGUCGUUUUGGAAGAUGGGUUCUUUCGUCGCUCAAAACGCAUUUCUGUGUGGUUUAAUAAAACAAGAGACGCCAAAACGUUGCCGCCCGACCACAAGUGUUAAAAAUAAAAAAUCUGCCACUAAUUUAUAUCACAUAUUAAUGUUGCAGUUAAUUGCUGGAAAAACUGAGACCGUGUGCAAAAAAUAUUUUUUGCAGACUUUUAAAAUUUCUGAUGGUAGGAUGACUCCAGCCAUGAAAAAGUUAUCGCUUGGAUUUUCCGCUGGUGAAGAUAAGAGGGACAAAAAAAUUCCUGGUAAUAAAACAUCCGAGGAGAAAAUGUUAGAAAUACGGAAUCACAUAGCAUCCUUCCCUUGUUAUCAAUCGCAUUACACCAGAUCCCACAAUCCAAAUAGAAAAUAUUUGUCAGAAGAUUUAAAUAUUCGACUUCUGUACAAUUUAUACAAAGAUAAAGUUCAUAGCGAAGGUAAGGAACCUGUGGCAGAGCACGUUUAUCGUAGAACUUUUAAUAACGAGUUCAACUUACAUUUUCAUGCACCUCACAAGGAUACUUGUAUAAAAUGCGAUAUUUUUAUUAAUAAACUCAAACAAUCACGAGAAGAACACGAAAAAUCAAAACUUUUGCAGGACCAUGAACUUCAUCUACGCAAAGCUGAUAAAGUUCGAGAAUCAAUGAAAUUUGAUACAGAAAAAUCAGCUUCUAAUAGAUCCUACUAUGCCUUUUCUUGUGACUUAGAAAAGUCUUUAUCUUUCCCACGUCUAACAUUUCAAAUGGCCUAUUAUAAACGUAAUUUGUACGUCUACAAUUUAGGUUGCCAUGAGCUUUCAACAGAAAAGGGAUUCAUGUAUUGUUGGGAUGAAGUAACUGGAUCUAGAGGUUCGCAAGAAAUUGCGAACAAACACGAGCGUCAGAAGCAAAACAUGUUGUUAUGUAUAGCGAUACACGUACCGGUCAAAACAGGAACUGGAAAAUAG